AUGGCUCCAAUAACGUACUUAUUUGUUUGAUUUAUGAAUACAUAUGCAAAGAUUCAGGAAAAUGACGCGCAAGUUCUUUGUCGGUGGAAACUGGAAGAUGAACGGAGAUAUUCCGUCGAUCGAUGGAAUCGUCGCAUUCCUCAACCAAAGCGGGGGUAAAAUCAUUAUUUAUUAAUUUUUGAUUUCACCAUUUUCUCAAGAAAUGAAAACAAUGAGCAUUGUGGGAAGAUUAGUUUUUUUCCAAAGAAGUUUUUUACUAUUUUUCAAUUUAAGCCAAUGACGCCGUGGACAUUGUUGUUGCUCCACCAGCUCCAUACCUUUCAUAUGUGAAGAGUCAGGUGAAGAACAACAUCAAAGUCGCCGCUCAGAACUGCUACAAGGUAUGUAUUUUUUCUAACUUACAGAGAUUUUCGAUUGAAAAAUCCCGCUCAGGUCCCAAAAGGAGCCUUCACUGGCGAGAUUUCCCCUGCCAUGAUCAAGGAUUUGGGAUUGGAAUGGGUCGUUCUCGGACACUCUGAACGGCGUCACGUCUUCGGAGAAUCCGAUGAGGUUCAACUUCAUUUUUUUUUCAAAUAAAAAGAAAGCUUCCUAGCUGAUUGCGGAUAAGACAAUUCACGCACUGGAGAGCGGAAUCAGCGUGAUUUUCUGCAUCGGAGAGAAACUCGAAGAGCGCGAAGCCGGCCACACCAAGGAUGUCAGUUUCUUCGUUUUCGAAUCAUCUUUUGACAACAUAUUUCUCAGAAGAGAAAGUUUAAAAUUUACUCAUUUUCGUUGUCAAACCGUGUAUUGUGUAUGCAGAAAAAAAUAUUUUUCUAAACUUUUUAUAAAAAUGUUUCUUUGAAGUUUUGACGAAGAAAAAGUUUUCUAAAACGAUUUUUUUAAAAAUAUUUGCUUUUUUUUUCGAACACAUAUUUUUUUGUAACCUGAGCACUAAAGUUGGAAGUAAAGUUAUGGAACUGCGAAAAAUUUUCACAGUUUUUUUCUCACUUUCUCACUUUUUCUUUAAAAAUUCCUUAGAAGGAGUUUUUUUUACUGGUUUGAAAUUGGUUUAUCGAAAAAAAAAAAUCUUGAAAAAUUUGGAAAUUUGACCAUCGGUCAAAAAUUGUCACUUGAAAUAGGAAAAAAAUUUGAAGUUUUUUUGAACGAACUGAUUCUAAACACAGGUGAACUUCCGUCAGUUGCAAGCGAUUCUGGACAAGAAGGUCGACUUCACCAACAUCGUCAUCGCCUACGAACCCGUCUGGGCCAUCGGAACCGGCAAGACGGCGUCGCCAGAACAAGCUCAAGAGGUUUGACUAUUCAAAUGCAGAAAAAUUAAGAUAUUUGAAUGAAAAAUCGAAGUCUGAGAAAGUAGAAAAAGUUUUUUAGAAUUCAGAUUCUGAGAGAUUAUUGAUAAAGUGAGUUUUCUUCACAGGUGCACGAGUGGAUCCGACAAUUCUUGCGCGAAAAAGUCUCCUCUGAAGUCGCCGACAAGACUCGCAUCAUUUACGGAGGUUGGUUGAUUGGUUUAUUCUCAAUAUGUCUUUUUUUCAUAAAAAUUGAAUUCCUGAUAGUGUAAAGUAAAAAUAUGUACUGAAAACUUUUGAACUUGGAAAAUGCCUAAAAAGUCGAUUCCUUUUCCUUUGUCGUUAAAAUUUUAUUCCGAUUCCUAUUCGAUUCCAUCUGACUAAAAUAAGCAAUAAUGACGAUGAAAAAACUACUUUUUUUCUUUAGGCAGGGUCAUUUUCGCAAACGAACUUUUUAGCGCAAACGUAGUUAUUUUUCUUUAUAAAAGGGCUAUGUCCCUACUGUCGGUUUCUUUUAGUAGAAUGUUUUCCUCGGACGGUUCUAAGAAACUUCGGAAAAUCAGAGUUUUAAAAUUUUUGUCGGUUCUCUCAAACUUAUUUUUUUUAGUUUUCAGCUCAGAGUGUAACUUUGAAAAAUUAAAUGAUUUUUUUUCAAAAAAAUAUUUCUAAUUUUUUUUUACCGACUGUGUUUUUCAAUUUUUCAAAUAUAUAAGUUGACGUUUCUCACAAGUUUGAAGGUGAAGAAUGCGUGCUUGACGGAAAAUAUGAAUGAAACUGACUUUUGACCCUGAAAUUUUUAUUUGAGUUAGUCUAUGAUCUUUCGAACAUCACAGUAAUGUGUUAGCGAAAAAGAAAAUUAAAUUUUUUUCCAUUUUAUUCGAUUUUACAGGAUCGGUGACGGCUGAUAACGCCGCGGAACUUGCCAAGAAGAACGACAUCGACGGUUUCUUGGUGGGCGGAGCCUCGUUGAAGCCCGAUUUCGUCAAGAUCAUCAACGCCCGAUCUUAA